AUGGCACCUAAAAUUCAACCCAACCCACAGAAAGCAGCUUCCAUCUUGGCAUGGUUUCACAAGACAGCACAGGCGCACAGUAUCAAGGAUCUUGAGAAGACGCUGCCUCAAGUGUCUUCCAUCAACGGCAUGCAAGUCAAAGACUAUCUGCAGGCACUUUCGGAUGACAGCAAAAUCCGUGUCGAGAAGAUUGGCAGCGGCAACUGGUACUGGAGCUUCCCGGCAGACGAAAAAAAGGCCAAGAAUGCCAUUCUCAAGAAAGCUCAAGAAGAGUACGGCAAGGCCAGCGUAGCUGUUUCUGAGUUACAGGCAAGAGUAGAAGGUGCAGAAGCAGCCCGCGCAGAAGACGAAGACAUGCUCAUGGAGCCUGGCGGCAAUCGCCAAACUCUCAUCGCAAAGCACGCCGACCUCACGAAGGAGCUGGAACAACUUCGCACAGACUUAGUCGCAUACAGCGAGCAAGACCCAGACGAGCUAGAGAAGAAAGAGAGUGAAGCACACAAGGCUCGCCUCGAUGCCGAAAAAUACACUGAUCACAUCUUGGCCAUGCAGGGAUGGUUCAAGACUAAUGUAGGCGGUGGUGAAGGAGGAGAGGAUUUUCUCAAUUUGUUAAAGAUGCUAUAUGGCGAUGAGUAUGACAGUGAGGAGCAAGGCUUGCGUGAGCUUUGA